AUGGUUGAGCUACUGUGCCAGGCCAAGGUCACUCCCAAGAUCAGGACUCCAUGGACGUGGAAGGCACAGCCAUGGGAAUACCGUCUGCCAAUUCUACGCACCCUUCUUGCCUAUGGUGCAGAUCCAGAUAGUUUCGUCACGGAAGAGGAGCCCGGAUUUCCCUUAAUUAACGCAGCAAAAGACGGUUGCCUUGACGCGGUGCAACUGCUUUUGAGUAACGGAGCUACACUUGACCUGUCGAUUCCGUCCCACAAUGGCACUGCUUUGCAAGCAGCAGUGUUUGAGGGGCAUGUGGAUGUGGCCAAAUAUCUCAUUACCUGCGGCGCUGACACCGACGUUCCGUACAUAUCGACUUCAACCGAGCUUCCCUACCGGUUCAGCCUGAAUCAGGGAAGGAUAUAUCUUCAGACUCCAGUUCAAAUUGCUGCCGAAAGAGACAAUACUCCGCUCCUUCAAAUCUUACUAGACUACGGUGCAUGUGUGUGGGCUUACCCGAUCGCUGUACACCCAGCUGUCAAAAGAGUAGCAUCCAACACAUCGAGUCAUGAGCUGUUCGGAGAAGUCGAUCUUGGGCCCUGGUAUAAAAGAGGCUCUCAAAUAUAUACCGCCCUUCAAUAUGCGGCUAUCAACCAGAAUUUGGACAUGGCCAGACUGUUGCUAUCUAGAGGUAUUGAUCCGGACUCCCGGAUCGCCCCAGAUAUAGGUGACACGCCCUUGCAAAUAUCUGCAAGAUUAGGCAAUAUCACAAUGUCUCACCUAUUCUUGAAUAGUGGCGCAGAUAUUAACGCCACCCCAGAUGCUUGCAAGGGCCGGACUGCGCUUCAAGGGGCAGCAGAAAGCGGAAACUUAGAACUCCUAUUACUACUUCAGAAACACGGUGCCUGGAUCGGGGCACCGGCUGCAAAAGAGUUUGGUCUCACUGCAUUGCAGGCAGCUUGCUACAAUGGCCAUUCUGUUAUAGUUGGAUCUCUCCUUGCACACGGGGCGGAUGCCAAUGAGCCUCCAGCGUCCCUAGGAGGAUUAACGUCCUUACAAGGAGCAGUCUCACACGGUGACAUGAGACUAAUAAGAGAUUUGAUAAAUCUCGGAGCUGAGGCGGACUCCCCGGCAACUUAUAUGGGCAAGACCGCUCUCUUGGCAUCAGUGAAGCAUAGAUCUCUACCAAUUGUUGAGUUACUGAUCCAGCACGGCGCGAAUGUCAAUCAACCAAGGGAUUGCCGGUAUAUAACUCUGCUGGAUCCCACAGUUACUCCCCUUCAGGAGGCGGCUCGGGAAGACUGGCUCCAGGGUGUCGAGCUGCUGUUGAAACAUGGUGCGAAUGCGAACUAUUUGGCCCCGCCUGGUGAGUAUGAGGAUGUUAUUGCAGACCUCCUAAGUCCUUUGGGCUGGGCUAUUUCGAAUGGCUCUGAAGCGAUGGUAGAACUACUGCUGGACCAUGGUGCCAGUGUUCGUACAGUUGCAUCGUGGAUUGGAGUUGAAAACAUGGGUGCCUUAGUGUCUGCACUACGCUACGAGCCGGAUCCGGGCAUUAUUCAAUUGCUCCUGGCGAAGGCUCCACACUUGGAAAAACACUAUGGGUGGGAAGCCACGUUGGAGGCUCUACUCUAUGGCGGCAACGAGAUGCCCGUUGUCGUCCGCGAGAUGGUAGUCGAGAAAGUACUGUCAAUGCCGCCGUCUCUUUACCAGACGGUGGUUCGAAAAGGUUGGAAUGCGUUACCUGAUUCAGAUUGGAUGGAAGAUGAAGAUUGCCUCUGCUUUGUUGAGCUUUUCACAAAGAUUGGGGCACCCCUGGACGAGUGCGACGAGAAUGAAACUACACUCCUUCAACGCAUUACAGCAUGCGGCUACUCUCAGUGUUGUCGUUUCUUGAUUAAGCACGGUGCUGCGGUCAAUACCCACGCGGCCAAAUGGCACGGAACGCCCCUUCAACAAGCCCUCAAGAACGGGUAUACCGAGGCAGCCAAUGCAUUAUUAGAUCAUGGCGCAGAUGUCAACGCCUUGCCCGCAACAUACCACGGUGUCACUGCACUCCAGGCCGCCUCCAUUGACGGACUCCCUGAUAUGGUUGUACGGCUGCUCGAACUGGGAGCAGAUGUCGAUGCGCCCGCUGCGCCUAUUGAGGGAAGGACGGCGAUUAAUGGAGCCGCAGAGCGUGGCUACUGGGAUAUCGUGCAGAUACUCCUGAAUGCGUAUCAGGCGCAAGAAGCUGAUUUGAUGCCAGUAUGUGUCGAGGCAGCGGAGUAUGCGGAGCGCGAAGGUCAUAUCAAUUUGGCUGAAUGGCUGCGCGGGUAUUCGCCCGCUUGA